AUGUCGCAGCUCUUCAAGACGUUCGGCAAGGAGGGACACAAGGCUUCGGGUCACUCGCAGCUAAAAUCAUCGGUGCAGAGAUCGAUCCGAGGCAAGAUUGCGGAGCAGUACCCGUGGCUAGAGACGACGGGAGUGCUGGAGGUCAUCCUGCCCAAGAAGCAGGAGCUGACCCUCAUCAAACUGCCCGAGCAUGUGCAGCUGCUGGUGGCGGAUCGGGUGGUCCUCUUCUUCUCCACGCGCGAUGGCGGCUGGUUUCCCACGCUGCGCCUCCUGCACAAAUACCCGGACAUGAUGCCGCGGCUGCGGGCGGACCAGGGCGCCAUCAAGUUUGUGCUGAGCGGGGCCAACAUCAUGUGCCCGGGCCUGACCUCGCCGGGCGCAACGAUGCACGACGAGGUGGAGGCGGGCACCCCAGUGGCCCUGUAUGGAGAGGGCCGGGAACAUGCCAUGGCCAUCGGCUACACCACAAUGUCGACAGCCGAGAUGCGAGCGCAGAACAAGGGGAUUGGAGUGGAAAAUCUGCACUACCUAAACGAUGGGCUCUGGAAGACCCUCAAGAUUGAUUGA